AUGGAUGCCAUGUUCACAUUCAGUGAAGAAGAAUUGAAUGGAGUUGCUGUUCAUUCAUAUGACGAUUCAUCGAAUAGUAGUCCAUCAAUGUUGAACACACCCAUUGAAAAUAUUGGACGAAUACAAAUGAAACGACCAACAUCAUUAAAUGUAUCAAAACCAGCAGACCUUAUUUUACGUGAUUCAACAAAUGCUGGCGGUUGUAAAUCGGAAGGUUCGCCAAUCAAUAGCGUGCAAAAACGGCAACAAAAAAAGAAAAAACGUCGAACAGCUAAUUCAUAUUCGGAUAUAUCAUUUAAUGAUAAAUAUAAAUUAACUGAAGAAUUACUUGGAACCGGUGCACACGGAGUUGUCAAAACGUGUCGCGAUCGAGUAACAAAACAAGAAUAUGCCGUAAAAAUAAUAAGUAAAGCUCGUCAUCCAAAUCGUACACGUGUAUUUAAAGAAAUUGAUAUAUAUUAUCAUUGUCGUGGUUGUGAAAAUAUUCUAAGCAUUAUUGAUUUUCUUGAGGAUGAUGAUUAUUUUUAUCUUGUCUUUCAAAAAAUGGAAGGCGGUCCAUUACUCAAUCAUAUAAUGAAACGUGGCCGUUUGACGGAACGUGAAGCUAGUUUAAUCGUACGUGAUAUUGCUAAUGGUCUUAAUUUUCUUCAUUCGAAGGGCAUGUCUCAUAGGGACUUAAAACCGGAAAAUAUCUUAGUUGAACGUGCCGAUUCUAUAGUACCAAUAAAAUUAUGUGAUUUUGAUUUGGGCUCAGCUAUUCGUCUUAAUAGUAAUAAAACAACUCCAAUAACAACACCAGAAUUAUCAACACCUGUUGGUUCAGUUGAAUUUAUGGCACCAGAAGUUGUUGAUGCAUGGACUAGUCUUGAAGGUUCAUUACAAAUGUAUGAUAAACGUUGUGAUUUAUGGUCAUUGGGUGUUAUUAUAUAUAUAAUGUUAUCGGGUUAUCCACCAUUUUAUGGUACAUGUGGACAUACAUGUGGUUGGACAAAAGGUGAAGAAUGUGAACAAUGUCAAAAUUUAUUAUUUGAACGUAUACAAGAUGGUGAAUUUGAUUUUCCUGAUAAAGAUUGGCGAUAUAUAUCAGAUGAUGCUAAAGAUUUAAUAAAACGUUUAUUAGUUCGUGAUGCAUCAUUACGUUUAACAGCUGCUGAAGUUCUUCAACAUCCUUGGGUUAAAAAUAGUCAUGAAUUAAAUGAUCGACCGUUGAAUACACCUGCACUUUUACAACGUCAUAAUAGUAUUCGUUGCUUAGAGUCUUUCACAAAAGAUGCAUUAAGUAUAACUAAAAUGAUUGACGAACGUGAACGUAUGAUGUAUCAUCGAUCACGUAGUAUUGAUAGUAUACAUCAACGAAGUCGAAGAUCAUCAUAUGAUCAAAAUUAUCAAGAAAAUAAUAAUAAUAAUAAUAAUAAUAAUAAUAUUGAUGAUGAUGAUGAUGAUGAUGAUGAUGAUGAUUAUUUUAAUGAAUCAGAUUCAAGUGUUACACGAAUAUUAAAGCGACGUAUGAGAAAGAAAAAACGACAACAAAAUAAAACACAAUCAAAUAAUAAUAAUAAUAAUCAUAGGGACAAUGAUAAUCAAAAUUUUGAUAGUUUAAGACGAAGAUUAUCCAGUGCCACGAUGACAUCGGGUGAUGAAGAUGAUUUUUUAGCUUGUAGUUAUAAAACAGUUAUUCGUCGUCCAACACCAACAACAAUACCACAACUACAACCACCACCACCACCACAUUUUUAUUUAGCUUCAACAGAGAAUCCAAUGCAAACAUCCACACAACAAGAAAUCUUAGCACUUACACCAUCACCAAUAAUUCCAACUCCAACAACUCCAUUAUCUGUUUUUAUGCUUCCAUCACCACCUGUUAAUUUACCAAUACAUCAUAGAGCUCAUACAGAUACAGAUCUUGUUUUUUACAAUCAACAAUCUCUUCUUUAUCCCGUUCAUUGGUAUCCAUCUCCAACAUUUUUUUAUCCAAAUCAAAAUCCUUUACCAACAAAUUUUGUUUAUGGUCCUGUACCUUCAUUUGUCAUGCAUCCAAUACAUCAACAACAAGUUCGAAGUUCAUCAGCUGAUUGUCGUCGUACGGCAAAUAACGGUAGUGAACAUCGUGUUAUACAUCCUGAACGGGUUUGGUAG